AUGGAUUUAUCCUUGAACUGGAAGACAUUCGAUGAAAGAACCAUGGACUUUUGCCAGGGGAUUACUCUUCAUCAUCUUCCAGGUCACACAGAUGGUCUCGUGGGCAUGCAGAUAAACCUUCCCGAGUCCGGAACAUUCUUCUUUAUCAGUGAUCACUGCCACGUCAUUGAAAAUUGGCGAGAUGGAGUACCUCAGGGAUGGCUCGCACGUGAUCAUCCAGCCUGGUUCCAAAGUACCCAAAGAUUGAAGCGUUUGGAAUCUACAACCAAAGGUCGAGUAAUACCAGGGCACGAUAAAGAGACCUUCUUGCAGCUUCAAGGUGAGAUAAAUGACGGAAAGGGUUAUCUGGAGUAA